AUGCUCCAGUUCAACUGCUCCUCCCCCGAUUCUCUAUAUUCCAUCCUGGAUACGACAUGCUGUCUCCGCUCUGAGGGGUGUAAGUUUACCAAUGAAGACAAAGCCAACCUAUGCCUUAGCCACAGCGCGUACCUGGAGGAGUACCUGGGGCCUCGUCGCUCUCCCCUUUUCCUUCCCAUCUGCAUCACUUAUCUGCUCAUCUUCAUAGUCGGCGCAUUUGGCAACGUUCUUACCUGUGUUGUCAUCUUCCACUACAGAGUGAUGCGCACACCCACCAACUACUACCUGUUCAGUCUGGCCGUGUCCGAUCUUCUGGUACUGCUGCUGGGCUUACCACUGGAGCUCUAUGAGCUCUGGAGCAACUACCCCUUCCUGCUGGGGGCUAUGGGCUGCUAUUUCAAGACGUGUCUCUUUGAGACCGUGUGCCUCGCCUCCGUGCUCAAUGUGACGGCCCUGAGCGCUGAGCGGUACAUAGCCGUGGUCCACCCACUUCGAGCCAGGCAUUUGAUCACGUCGGCACACGCCAAACGUGUAAUCUUGGUGCUAUGGGCCGUGGCGUUGCUCUGCGCAUUACCUAAUACAAGUCUGCACGGAAUCCGCACCCUGAAGCCCUAUGAGUGCAACUUGCCCGAAUCAGCCAUCUGCCAUCUGGUAAAACCCACCUGGAUGUACAAUCUGCUGGUGCAGGUUACCGCACUGCUCUUCUUCCUGUUUCCCAUGCUCAUUAUCAGCGUGUUCUACCUCCUCAUUGGGCUGCAGCUACACAAGGAAAGGAAAGCAUUGAAAGGGUCCGCGGAGGGAGAGGCCACAACGUUUGGAUCGGGACAGGUUGAAUUCAGGCGGCCAGGCUGUAAGCAGAAAUCUCGACACCGACAAAUCAACAAGAUGCUCUGUGUGCUGGUGAUUGUCUUUGGCAUCUGUUGGGCACCUUUCCACAUAGACCGUGUCAUGUACAGCUACAUAGAAGACUGGACAGGGGACCACCACCGUGCAUUCGAAUACGUCCACUUGGUCUCCGGCGUUCUCUUCUACUUGAGCUCGGUUGUGAACCCUAUCCUGUACAAUCUUAUGUCCACACGUUUUAGGGAAAUGUUCCGCGAGGUGACGUGCCGACGGGGCCACCACCGUCGCUCAGUGACUCAGGUAACGCUACGCAGCAGUGAGAAAGCUCCCACUCCUACCGGAGCCACUGAGGAAACUUGUACAUUCUCGGAGCGCAGCUAUCGAUCUGGAAUUCUUCGAACAAGAUCGCUUUCUGGUUGA